AUGAGCAAAAGAAAGACAGGCAAGGUCCCCAGAGCACAAACAGUAUCCGAAAUUGAUUCAUAUUAUGCUCCUGUAAGCCUUGUCCAAAAAGAACGGGGAAAAGUGGCCAAAAUCUGCCCAUUUGAUGCCUCUGCCUUUUUGGGCCUGUUGGACGGCGAUGACAGCGACGAAAUCACUGAUGACGAGGAGGAUAACAUCAAGAUUCACGGUCAGAAAGCAAACUGGGAUAUCUAUUAUUUCAGAAGUCAUUUUGUCCAAAAAGAACAAGCAAAAAUGGUCCAAUCUUGCCCAUUCUUCGCACCCUUUUUGGGCAUUCCUGAUGAUUCUGGCGGUGCCAUCAAAUCAGUUUCCGAUGAUGAGGAAGACAAGGCCAUCCGAAAGGUCUCCAGCGCCCGAGCACCAUUUCCAAUGGACCUCCAAGAUGCUGUUGAGGAUAAACCUUUCCAGUAUUAUGCUGACAAAUUUGAAAGGUCCCCCAAACACACCUAUUGCGACAAUCCAACCCUUGGCGACCUACUAUUGCAAGGAAAGUGCUAUCUCUUCCAUCAGUCUUCUGUCGGUUGGCAGAUGCCUCAAUUUGAUUUCCCUUUAUGGAUGUUCAAAUGUUGGCAUCAUUCCCACGGACAAGUAGGCACAACACCACUGAUCUUCAGCCUCACCAUGCCAAGAUACAAACUACUGGCUCUGACCCUCUUUGCUUCUCCUUAG